GAUUGUUUGUUACCACUGUUGAGUGUUGAGUAUAUUGAGCAGGAGGAACUUUCUUUCUUUGCAUCUUAACUGCGCCAAUAAGUAGUUCGAAUUAAUGGUUUAAACAGUUGUACAACCUUUGUCCUGUUUUCAAGAUUGUUAGCUUGUGUUUUAACUUUUAACCUCAGAUGCUCUUCACAACAAGGCACAAGCUAGUUCUCUUCUAAUAAUAAAAUCAUCUCUUGUCUUGUGUGUGAUAUUGGCUUGUGUCAGCUCCAAAUUUGGUUAGAGUCCUCACUCACAUUUUUCUUACUAGAGAAGAGAAGAGAGAGGAGCUGGCUUUCCCCCAACAUCAAUGGCUUUAGUCUCUCUCCACCUUGAAACUUCGGAGCUGAUUGUGACCACUGAUUAUCCUCGCCAAUGAACCCACUGCUCAACCUCGAUGGGGCUUCAUGCGACGUGGUACGGAUUCUCCACUUCUGUCUAUUAUUUCAGAUAGCUUUUUACUCAAAUAGUUUCUUCAGUACGUCUAAAUACAGUCUCCAUUUCCCUUUCCUCAUUCUAUCUUUUUCACAAUUCUGAAUCAUAUGGGGCUCAUAUUUACUCUUUUUCACUGUAGUGGAGAAAGAAAAAAAAAGCAAUUUCCCAAUAGCUUCUUCUUCACUUUGUUAGUUAGACUAGGAAAACUUGUUUACAACCAACAACACUAAAACUCUUACCGUUAUUAUGUCCAACUCUAUUACUUAUCAUCAAAACCAAUUUGAGAACCAAGAGCUUGAUGCUUAUGGCUCUUCUAUGAGGCACAACAAUGCAUUUCCUGAGGCCUUGGGAGCAUUUCCUACUAGCAUUGGAGUAGUUGCUGAGGGCUCUGAGAUAAGCCACACUAGGCAUUUGAUGGAUCUUCUUGGAGCAGCAAAUGAGAGCAAUCACCACCAAACUGCUCAAGGGCUUUCUCUUUCUUUAGGCUCUCACAUGCUUGUUCCUUCUGAUGAAUACAGGCAUCCCCACCAAAGACCCUUAAACCCGGGUCUCAUCAACCCCAAUUACUUCAUGUCUGGACAAGAGGCACGUGAGCCUUGUAACAACCCACCUGUGGAGCAGCAUAAUAUAACCAGUGACUACUUUUACAAUACUGGGAGUGGCACUUUUGCUUCUUCUUCCCCUUUGAACAACCGUUCUCCUAAUUCCACCAGCUCUUAUGCUGCUGUCAUUGGGAACUCCAGGUACCUCAAACCGGUUCAGUCCCUUCUUGAAGAUCUUGUUGAUGUUGGUGGAAAUGUGGUUGAUAGAAUCAAUGAGAAGUAUGCUGAGAAGUUGUUUCGUGGGAGUAGAGGCAGUGCUAGGACACUUUCCUCAGAGUUGAAGGCAGAGUUGGGGAAUAAUGGUCAUUUAUUGGCUGACAAACAUGAACAUCAAAUCAAAAUUGCACGGUUGAUUACUUUAUUGGAUGAGGUUGAGGGAAGGUGUGAGAAAUACUACCAUCAAAUGGAAGAAGUGGUGUCAUCUUUUGAGAUGAUAGCAGGUUUGGGAGCUGCGAAGUGUUACACUGCUUUGGCACUUCAAGCCAUGUCAAGGCAUUUCUGCAGCUUGAGAGAUGCCAUAUUGUCACAAAUAAAUGCUGAGAAAAGAAAACUCUUUCAGGAUUUACCUAAGAUCAGUAGUGGGUUGUCUCAACUAAGCUUGUUUGAUAGAGACAGUAGACAGAGUAGAAUGUCUCUCCAACAACUUGGGGUGAUCCCAAGCCAACGCCAAGUUUGGAGACCCAUCAGAGGGUUGCCUGAAACCUCUGUGGCUAUUCUUCGUUCUUGGCUCUUCGAGCACUUUCUCCACCCUUAUCCUAAUGAUUCUGAAAAGUUAAUGCUGGCAUCUCAGACAGGUUUAACUAAAAACCAAGUCUCAAAUUGGUUCAUAAAUGCACGAGUACGGCUAUGGAAACCAAUGAUAGAAGAAAUGUACAAAGAGGAGUUUGGAGAGUUUUCUGAAGACUCCAACCCGGCUGGUAACAACUACUUGACGAGGGAAGAUACCACGGAUUGUGUAGAGGAUUGAAUCAAAAGCUCCAGUGAACAAAAAACUUAUUGUUUGACAAACAUGGGCCUUUAAAUGCUUGCCUUUUUCCUCCAAAAUCGAGAGAUAAACAUUAUGUAACAUGACAAGAUGAUGAGCCAAUAUGUUCGGGUGAAAUUCAAGAUUUGUUUUUUUGAAUGCUGAAAAUUCAAGAUUUGGAAAAUCAUGACUUAUGAUGUUCCUUAGAUCAAGUGACCAGCUUGUAACACAUCGUGAGGCUUGUUAUGUCAGGUUUGCAAUUAAUACCAGUUUAUAGGAUAAAAAAGCUGAGGGCUGUGGAUGAGAUCAUAAGAAGAUCGCAUUAUGAGAAAUUCACAAUUUGUUUCACAACCCUAUCCACCAGUGACACUUGCGUAUGAGCACGUUCUUUGUUAUCUUGUAAUAAAUGAGAUAGCCAAUUUCAUGA